AUGACAAACGAUCAAGACUCUAUUAGCGACAAGAAGGCGGAUCCGGCUGCUGCCCCUAUCGGUCUGGUCGCCUCAAACCCAAACGACCAAGAUGCCGCCGAGCUAAAUGCGGCAGGUUAUGCCCAAGAGUUGGAAAGGUCCUUUUCUCUUCCAGCCAUGGGCUGUCUCUGCCUAUGUCUGAUGGCCACAUGGGAAGCGUUGUCUACGGUCGUCUCUGCCGCUCUAGUCAGCGGUGGUGCACCAUGUCUAUUCUACAACUAUCUUCUUUCGUUUAUAUGUACGGUUGCUGUGACUUGCUCUCUGGCCGAGAUAGCUUCCAUGUAUCCCACUGCUGGAGGACAAUACUAUUGGGUGGCUGCACUAUCCCCACCAAGCGGUCGUUGUUUCGCAUCGUACUUUACCGGCUGGAUAUCUCUCGGCGCACAGAUUGUCUUUAGUGCUUCGGCAGCUUUUGCUGCAGGCCUACAGACACAGUCCCUCAUUAUCUUGAAUGACGAAAGUUAUAUACCUACAAGAUGGCAAGGCAUGCUAUUUUAUUGGGCGGUGCUCGCUUGUUCUCUUAGCUUUAACAUAUGGGGACCUCGAUUAUUGCCUCAUAUCAACAUUGUGGCUGGGGUGAUUCAUGCCGCGGGGUUUUUCGCAAUUGUGGUCGUGCUUCUCGUGAUGGCGCAGAAGAAUUCAGCAACCUUUGUUUUUACUGAGUUCUCGAACAACAGUGGGUGGACAUCCGACGGGGUGUCUUGGUUGGUCGGACUUAUCAGUUCAGUGUACCCUUUGCUAGGAUACGACGCUGCUUGUCACCUGUCGGAAGAGAUACCGCAUGCUGCUCGCAACGUCCCCAUAGCCAUGGUUGGCAGCGUUGUGGUCAAUGGGCUCAUCGGCGUGGCAUACUGUAUUGUGCUCUUGUUCUCCAUUGGCUCCCUGGAAGACAUCUUGGCAACGCCGACAGGCUUUCCGUUCAUGCAGAUUUAUCUAGACGCCACAAAGUCUCGUGCCGGGGCCACAGUCAUGUCGCUGCUGCUGAUCAUCAUUGCCGCUACUGCAAACGUGGCGUGCGUCACAUCAGCUUCGAGAACUGCCUGGGCAUUUGCCCGCGACAAGGCUUUGCCUUUUGACAAGGUCUUUUGCAAAGUAUCCAAAAAGCACCAAGUACCAUCAAAUUGCAUCAUAUUAGUUACUGUCAUACAGGUACUACUUGGUUUCAUCUACCUUGGCAGCACUGCGGCCUUUAAUGCUAUUUUAUCAAUGGCAAUCAUAGGCCUUUACCUCUCAUACACGCUGCCUAUUAUAUACAUGCUUCUAUAUGGGAGGCAAAAGCAUGUUGCCGGUCAUUGGGGCCCAUUCCGGCUAGGGCGGCCUCUUGGGAUUACUUUCAAUAUCGUGAGUGUCAUGUGGAUGACAUUGGUGAUGGUAUUUAGCACAUUUCCUGGAACAAUGCCAGUUACGCCGGAGAAUAUGAAUUAUUCGUCAGUUGUCAUGGUUGGGUGGCUGGUCUUUGGGUUUAUAUACUACUUGGUUCGUGGAAAGAACAAGUAUGAAGUGCCUCAUGUCAAUGUGGCUACUGUUACAUCGGUUUCAAUUCCUACUGAUGUAUAUUAA